AGACUUUGCGCGGUACGAACUAGCCUGACGUCAUGGCGGCUUGUCGUCAACUGGCGACAGCGCGCAGCUAGAUAUUUGGUAUGUGACAUUCACAGAGCGAUGGAUAACGGUGAAUCGACGUCGACGUCAAACGGGAAUGCGAGCGAAGCUAGCACGGCGACGCCAAAGCCAAGUGCGAACGCCGAACCUUACUGCGAAAAGUAUUAUUCCCUGCUCAAGCGUUACAACGCUAUCCAAAAGCAAAACUACCAUCUCAUGUAUCGGAUACAGCGGGUCAAGAAGCUUACGACGAGAUUGACAAAGGAGAAAAGGUUUCUCACACAACGGCUCAACAACUACAAACAGGAAAAACAGGCAGCCAUGUCCAUGACGCAGUAUGCUAUGGAUGACCGGCAGUUCAGGAGAAUCAAGCAAGAGCCCAUGGAUCCCCAGCCACACCAUGCAGGCAACGAAUACCUGUGCCGGAAACGAAAGGAAAAGUGCAUCAAGACCAGUUGACAUCUGCAUCCAAAGAGUUCUCAUCCCACCCACAGCCUCACUGCUUCGAACAUUCUGUGCACCUGAACUCUGCCUACUGUGCAUCCCAUCGUCACCAUCCACCCUGCACUCCGACUCUUUCAGAGAAAUGGCGGGAAGACGUGGGCUUGUGACAUUCUGUUCGUUGACAAGCUCGCGCAGCUUUUUUCAACCAUCAAUCGCCCCCCUUUCUUCUUCUUAAUCAUAUUUUCUUUUCCCUUGUGACGAGAAGACAUUACUGUCGUGCAGUGCUCAAGAAUACUGUGUUCAUGUUGUGCCGAAGAUCUACAGAGUUGGAUCAGUUUUGUGAUUUCAUCCGACUUCGUUCGACUUCAUCAGACGUGUGCAUCGAUUUGCGUCCGCCACAUCAAAAAACUUUUCCAGGGAGGUUCGGUGUUCUCUAUAGUGCUUUUGUCAUUCUACGCUUGUGCAGAAGUGGCACAACUUAAGAAACAAAUUGUGAUUUGGUUCGUGUAUGUCAGUGUGUGUUCACUGACCAUGCAGCAGUGUAAUAUAUUGUUGUGUCUGUCACAUCCACAGAUAGCACCAAUAAGGUACGUGUUAGGUUGUAUUGUAUAUACAAGUUCUAGUUUCUUGUGCUUUCUGAAGGGCUCAUGUGGUGGCCAGUGUGACAUGUUACGCAUUGGUGCACAGGUUACAUCAUUGAAUUCAUUGUACGUGAUUGCUAAGUCUGUAAACUCAUUAAUUCUGGCAUAGGCAAUGCAGCCUUCUACACAAGUAGACAAGGCAAUAGCAUAUCAACUGCCGAUGUAUCUGCGCGCUUGACUUCUUUCGCUUAUUAUUAGGGCUGUGCAAAUAUUCAAAAUUUUGGUAACAAAAAAUUGAGCAGUCCCUGCUAUUAGUAUCGGAUUGAAGGAUUCACUAUUCGAAGUUGUUUAAACAUGCAUUUCUUUUGAAUACGUAGAGAUAAUAAUGCUGGACUCUUGCAAGAGACUGAACACUAGAUGUGAGGACUGUUCCGAAUUAUUCUUUGGCUGUUGUUGUUGCCCAGUGGCAACAGUGUCUUAACACUGUUUGCCACUGAAAGUCAUGUGCUUCGGGCACAUGACUUUCACAUGAUUGGCUUGCUUUCUGCUGUACAGCCCGAGUACAAUUUUGUUGAGAUCUAUUAUCUGAACAACAUCACCAUUUCUGAUCUCUUAAAAAUGAUGUGCGUAAAUAUCUUGUUUCUCUCAGACAGUGAACACAGUGCUGUACGUACAUCUAGUAACACGUUUUAUUAGCGUCAUCAUUGCCAUGUUCCAUGUAAUAUUCAAAGCACCUAAUCAUUUAUCCUAUUCGAGCUCCUUGGUUUUUCCGGCGUCUAAUUUUUAAUGGUGUGCUACAUACGCUUGCCAGUUUAUGUAAGCCUGAGUUAUUUUUGUUACAAACAAACGCUGUGUAAGUUUCGUGUGUGAUGCCGCUUCAGAAGUAUGAAAAUAUUGAAUUCAAAACCCGUUUGUUUGUUUUCUGAUGUUUUAUAUGAUAUUAAAUCUUUUUUUUUUCUAUUUACACACCCCCUACUCAUUUGUUCUUGUGGCCUUGGUGCAUCACUAGCAACUGAGGUACAGCUUGUGCUGUGUUAUGUGACUGGAUUCUGGAUGCACUGCGUUUCUAGACUGCUUGAUAAUAUCAACCUGGCGAUGUCGCACCUUCACGGGAAUGGCAACACAUUACACAUUACGUGUUGUACUAUGUGAAAAUAAUAAUAACAUUAGAUCUUCGUUGUUCAACCACAAAAAAAAGCAGCUGUAUGGGUUGCAACCAGUCUUUUACCAUGUGCAGGUUUGCAAUGCAAACUUUUAUGACUUAAAUAAUUAAGAGACGGAAGAAAGUCCGUGUUGCUUUCAUUCUGUUCUCAUUAUACUGGUAAACUGCACAAAAAGCCCAUUUUCGCAUUUAAAGGUGACAGCCUUAUGUCUUGUAAUGAUUAGUAGUAUUAACUGCACUGGUUUUAACAUGCUGGGUAUUAUCUGUUGGGUACCUCUGAAGGUAAUACUCAACAAUGUUAGAUACAUUAGAGCAGAUUGUAAACAUUUAGUUGCCUAUGAAUAACUUCCCUAACAUUUUCUUGUAUAAAUGUUAACUUCAGGCCUGCUUAGAAACCAGAAUGGCAAAUCCAGCCUGGCUGUUGCCCCUAAAUGUCAAAAUGUGUACCUUUCACAAAGACCAUGAAACAGGCAUCGGGAUAAAUGCUUGCACAUUUCGGAUUCGUAUAUUAACCUAUGAUAAAUUUUUAUUUGGGCUGCAGCUGCUAGAUGUGGUGACAGGGUACAAUGUUCAUUGUAGGGCCCAUAGUAUUACGUAAACAUUGUCACACAGUGUACGUGAAAUAAAAUUCCCGCGAUGUUUGUCUCGUUUGACCAGUGCUAACUGUGAUGGCUCUCUGCAAAUAAAAUCGAGCGUCUGCUUCA